AUGCGACCAGCAGCCGUUGGCGGUCGUCAGUCGUCCAUUGCUAAUACAGGCCGGCACGCCGCCCACCGACAGCCCCACGAUCAGGAGCAGAGCGCCCGCCGCGCGCGCAAGGUACAGAAUGAAAACACCUAUCGAGGCAGGCUGGACGCUAGGCUAUCUACGGGUCUGCUGCAGAGGAUGCAGAGGAUGCAAUGGUGGGACGGACGUGCAGGCAACGGCAUCAACAGAAGCAAUUCCAGCAACAGGCCCAAGAUCCAACACAUACAAGGCUUGAUGGCCGCGCCUGUCGUACAUACGCCGUCGUCUCGGCCGUCUUCGGUCGCCGGGGGGGUGGUUGCUAUACAGAUUUGCUAUUUGCUGCAAAGCCGUGGACCAAAGGUGCAGAUGCAAGGUGGCGCAAUAGCGCACGGUGGUCGGCCACAAACGCUGGUUGGUGCGGGCGAAGCCCAUUGGUGCAGCGUGCGACACAUUGCUUUUUGGGAUUGGGGGACGGUUUUGGGAUGGAUGGACCUUGGGGCAGAAGCACAGCUGCACGGCGAGGGUCGGGUUGGAUGCGAGGAGGUGGGUGUGCGAGUGGACGGGCUGUGAGAUGGCGACCUGGACGCCCAAGUUUGGGGGGUUUUGAAGAGCACGCCUGAGUCGAGCAGAGUCGCCAUUGCAGGCACGGUACGUGGGAGGCUCGCAGCGACGCGCAAUAGCGAUAGUGGAGGCGGUUGUGGGAUAAUGGGCUGUGGGAUACUCCGUACUCCGUAAUGGGUCGUGGGAUAUGGGCUGGGAGAAGACAUGGGAUGGAAGGACGUGGGAGUCUUUUCUCAGUACGGAUGCAGCGGG